AGGGGUUACAAGCAUGGCGGGAUUGGAGCUGCUGUCGGAUCAGGGUUACCGAGUGGAUGGGCGGCGGGCCGGAGAGCUGCGCAAGAUCCAAGCACGGAUGGGCGUCUUCGCGCAGGCCGAUGGUUCAGCCUACAUCGAACAAGGCAACACUAAGGCGCUGGCCGUGGUCUACGGACCCCACGAGGUGCGAGAUGCGGGGCUCUCGGUCAAGAGCACUGCCAGAUCGGGCACUGGUGAACUGCCAGUAUAGCAUGGCCACCUUCAGCACUGGGGAACGGAAGCGGCGGCCACAUGGGGACCGCAAGGCCUGUGAAAUGGGACUCCAGCUGAGGCAGACCUUUGAGGCCGCCAUCCUGACCCAGCUAUACCCUCGCUCCCAGAUUGACAUAUAUGUCCAGGUGCUUCAGGCGGAUGGUGGUAAUUAUGCAGCCUGUGUGAAUGCAGCUACGUUAGCCGUGUUGGAUGCAGGGAUCCCAAUGAGAGAUUUUGUGUGUGCCUGUUCAGCUGGCUUUGUGGAUGGCACAGCCCUGGCCGACCUGAGCCAUGUGGAAGAGGCAGCGGGUGGACCACAGCUGGCUCUGGCCCUGCUCCCCGCCUCUGGCCAGCUUGCUCUACUGGAGAUGGAUGCCCGGCUACAUGAAGAUCACCUGCAGCAGGUACUAGAAGCGGCUUCCCAGGCUGCCCGAGAUGUUCAUGCCUUAUUAGACCGAGUGGUCAGGCAGCAUGUCCGUGAGGCUGCCCUGCUCCUUGGAGAUUGACCCUGACCCUGCAAUAAAGUCUUUCAUUGCUUCCCUA